AUGACGCACAAGGAGCGCUUCGAGAACAUCGGCAUCCAACCGCCGAAAGGCGUGCUGAUGCACGGGCCCCCCGGCACGGGCAAGACCAUGAUGGCGCGCGCGUGCGCCGCUGCGACUUCGGCGACGUUCCUGAAGCUGGCGGCACCGCAACUGGUGCAGAUGUUCAUCGGCCCGGGGGCCGAGUGCGCUCGCUCGCCAGCGGCGACCGCGCGGCGACCGGGCUCAGCGGCUCCGCUGCUGACUCGUCAGUGGGGUCAGGUUUAG